AUUCCCUCAGACGACUCCGGCGACGAGUCGGUGUCGCAGACGGACAAGACGGAGCUGCAGAACACGCUGCGGAUUCUGUCCAGCAAGGUGGAGGACCUGAGCACCUGCAACGACCUGAUCGCCAAGCACGGCACGGCCCUGCAGCGCUCGCUCAGCGAGCUCGAGGCCCUGCGCCUGCCCCCCGAGAGCACCGACAAGAUCAAGCAGGUCAACGAGCGGGCCACGCUCUUCCGCAUCACCUCCAACGCCAUGAUCAACGCCUGCAGGGAUUUCAUGCUGCUGGCGCAGACGCACGGGAAGAAGUGGCAGAAGUCGCUGCAGCAGGAGAGGGAUCAGCGGAUCCGGCUGGAGGAGACGCUGGAGCAGCUGGCAAAGCAGCACAACCACCUGGAAAGGGCCUUCCGGGGGGCCACGGUGCUCCCUGCCGGCACGCCCGGCACCGGCGGCUCCGGGAAAGAUCUGUGCUGCCCCUCCAAAGGUGACAUGAGCGACGAGGACGACGACAACAACGAGUUCUUUGACGCCCCCGAGAUCUUCCCCAUGCCCGACAUGAUGGGCCACAAGAGAACUGGGAGCAACAUCAGCGGCACCAGCAGCGACAUCAGCCUGGAUGAGCAGUACAAGCACCAGGUUGAGGACACCAAGAAGGAGAAGAGAACCCGCAUUCCCUACAAACCCAACUACAGCCUCAACCUCUGGAGCAUCAUGAAGAACUGCAUCGGGAAGGAGUUAUCCAAAAUUCCCAUGCCGGUGAACUUCAACGAGCCACUGUCGAUGCUCCAGCGGCUGACGGAGGACCUGGAGUACCACGAGCUCCUGGACCGGGCGGCCAAGUGUGAAAAUUCCCUGGAGCAGCUGUGCUACGUGGCCGCCUUCACCGUCUCCUCCUACUCCACCACCGUCUUCCGCACCAGCAAACCCUUCAACCCGCUCCUGGGGGAGACCUUCGAGCUGGAUCGGCUGGAGGAGAGCGGCUACCGCUCCCUCUGCGAGCAGGUGAGCCACCACCCCCCGGCCGCUGCCCACCACGCCGACUCCAAGCACGGCUGGACGCUCCGCCAGGAAAUCAAGAUCACCAGCAAAUUCCGAGGGAAAUACCUCUCCAUCAUGCCCCUAGGUACCAUCCACUGCGUCUUCCACUCGUCCGGCAACCACUACACGUGGAAGAAGGUGACCACCACCGUGCACAACAUCAUCGUGGGGAAGCUGUGGAUAGACCAGUCGGGCGAGAUCGAGAUCGUCAACCACAAGACGGGUGACAAGUGCAACCUCAAGUUUGUCCCUUACAGCUACUUCUCCCGGGAUGUGGCGAGGAAGGUGACCGGGGAGGUGACGGACCCCUCGGGGAAGGUGCACUUUGUCCUGCUGGGCACGUGGGACGAGAAGAUGGAUUGCUACAAAGUCCAGCUGGGAACGGGGGACAACGGAGCCGAGGCCCGGCCGCGAGCCCACGAGUCCGAGGACAGCCGGGUGCUGCUGUGGAAGCGGAACCCGCUCCCGAAGUACGCGGAGAACAUGUACUACUUCUCGGAGCUGGCGCUGACCCUGAACGCCCCGGAGAGCGGGACGGCUCCCACGGACAGCCGGCGGCGCCCCGACCAGCGGCUCAUGGAGAACGGGCGCUGGGACGAGGCCAACGCCGAGAAGCAGCGGCUGGAGGAGAAGCAGCGGCUCUCCCGCAAGCGCCGCGAGGCCGAGGCCGCCCGCGCCUCCGAGGACGGGACCCCCUGCGAUCCCUACAAACCGCUGUGGUUCGAGCGGAGGAAGGACCCGGUGACGCAGGAGCUGGCGCACGUCUACAAGGGGGGGUACUGGGAGAGCAAGGAGAAGCAGGACUGGAGCCUGUGCCCGGAUAUUUUCUGA